CACUGUGAGUUUCGGAACUUAUGUAAGCUAGAUGAGAUUGUACAAAUUAGAUUCCAGCGGAUUCUACAAGGAUUAACAUGAACGUGCAAGCCGUGAUGACGUCUGGUUGCCGCCUGGCCUUAAUACUAACCCUUCUCUCAACUGUGCAAGCAGCUGAUAAUAAAUGGAAGAACUCCACGGCCCCGGGCACUACCAAAAUCGGACUAUUCUCGGAACAUUGGGCAGACUUUGAAAAAAGAUGGUUGUACAAUUUCACAGAACCCUUCUUUAACCGUGUCCUUGAACCAUUGGCCAACUCCAGUCCUUUCCUGAACG